GUUGCGGAUCAGCCUCUCCAGCUCUCAACCACAAGAACCCUACAUUUAUACAACCGUUAACAAAAAUUUCCCUAGCAAUAACCGUCCUGAAUCGCAAUGCCGCCGCCGCCGUCGUCGCAAGGUCUAUUGCAUAGCCGGCAAGUCACCCCCGACUGGGCUCAGUUCCCAGAAGGCGGCCUUCGACGCUCCAACGCAGUCAAACACCCUGACCAGCAGCACCAGCAGCAGGCAUCCUUCGCGGGAGAGGAACGGAUGAAAUUCGUAAGCCGAGAAGGCCGCGCGAACACUACUCCGUACACCGCUCCAAACGUGGCGCGCGACCCGAAGAUGGUGAAGCCGCGGUUGCGAGCCACGACCUUCGCCGUGCAGGCCACCGAGAGCGGUUCCGAGUGGAGUUUCAUACCUGGCAAGAUACAUGAGGCAGAGACUCGGGGAAAGCGACUACCACUAGCACCACCAGCACCAUCACCACUGGAGCAGCGGGGAAAGGUACGGAAGGAUGAGCAUUACGUGCGCACGCAGCAGUGGGUGAUGGAGCAGCAGCAGCGCUCGGCUGUGGCACAAUCCUCGUCUACGCUGAAGCGAAAGCCUCUGCCACCGUUACCACCAUACACAGAGCAGCAGCAGCAGCAGCAGCAGCAAUGGUCUCAGCCUGUAGUGCAGUGUUCGACUGCCACUACUGCCGCCGCUACCAAGAACUCUUAUUCUAGCACAACUCGGCGCCCGUUCUUCAGGAGCGAUAGUGAGGUUGAUAAGUUUGCCCGAAGUACCACCCACUAUGAGGACAGAAUUUUGACCAAAGGGGAAAGGAGAGCUGGUAAGUUUGUCCAGCCCGUGCAAGCCCGGAAACAGGUGCGCUUCGUCACGCCGCACUCGCCUCCUGAGUCUCGGGUCGCGUCGCCCGUGGAUGAGAUCUCAGACCAGAGAGAGGUGGUUCGCCGGGCCUUAUAUCGGCAGAGGUUCACUGGUAGGUAGGUAGAGUGAAGACGGUAUGGCAAGUGUGAGAGGGCUACGUGCUGGUCGCGUAGCCUUGACGCGGUGACUUUUAUGCAUUGUGGGAGUUUGGGCCAUGGGAACGCUGUUCUGUAUAUCUUGAAUGAGAAUCACGAUUUAUGGCUAUGGUUAUGAUCAAUGGAUUCUAUCGAUGUGAGUUUCUUCGAAAUGAACUUGGAGGACAAUGGUUUUUCUGUAUUUGCCGUGUUGGCUGUAAAAGACAUGCCUUUGAUUCACCAACAAAGGAAUGGAACAAUAAGAAGGGCCUGACGUGCUCUGGUCCGGACCCUUCCUUUACCGCCUAAACAACCUCAGGAACGAGCGAGUGACAAAAUCAUGGAGGAGCUCAGGCGGUCAGAGCGGGUAACCCAAUUAGAAACUCCAGAAAUAAGACUGACUGACUGUGGACAACCCCUGGGGUGGAGAUCACCCAUACCUUAGUAGGUACUUACUUGAAUGAUUG